GACCAGCAGCCACUUUGGUCCGGGACACUAAACUCUGGAUGGAUAUGAGGACUUUUCGGGAUCGUUUGUUCUUUGAAACACAAACUCGUUGCUGCUAAGGGAUAGUAAAAUACUCACACGACUUGUUUUAAUUACAAAAAAAAAUAAAAAAUAACUCGACCUUAAUUAAAAAUGACAGAAAUUACAAUUUGAACCGGCAGAAAAAUCCAAAUGCACACCGUCGCUGUUUGAAGGGAGAGGUGCCAAUGUGUCGGCACUUCAAAGCAAUUCCCUGAAACAUUUUAUUUUAUUUCAUUUCAUUUUUAUUGUUUUUACUCGAGCUUCGGUGAAAUAAAGUGAAACGGCAACAGCAUGGCAGAACACGAGAGCCUGGAGUUUGGAAAGGCAGAUUUUGUGCUUCUGGACACCGUGUCUCUGGAGGACUUCAUGGCCAACCUGAAGCUCAGGUUUGAAAAGGGCAGGAUCUACACGUACAUCGGAGAGGUGGUGGUGUCUGUCAACCCGUACCGGGCCAUGAACAUCUACGGCCGGGAGGUCAUCGAGCAGUACAAGGGCCGGGAGCUGUACGAGCGCCCCCCCCAUCUCUUCGCCAUCGCCGAUGCUGCUUACAAAGCCAUGAAGAGGAGGAACAAAGACACUUGUAUUGUCAUCUCAGGGGAGAGUGGAGCAGGGAAGACCGAGGCCAGCAAGUACAUCAUGCAAUACAUCGCUGCUAUAACCAAUCCUAAUCAGAGAGCCGAGGUGGAAAGGGUAAAAAACAUGCUCCUGAAAUCCAACUGCGUCUUGGAGGCCUUCGGGAAUGCCAAGACCAACCGCAACGACAACUCCAGCCGCUUCGGCAAGUACAUGGACAUCAACUUUGACUUCAAGGGAGAUCCCAUCGGAGGGCACAUAAACAACUACCUGCUGGAGAAGUCCAGGGUCAUUUUCCAGCAGGAAGGAGAGAGGAGCUUUCAUUCAUUUUACCAGUUGCUCAAAGGGGCUCCAGAUUCCCUGCUGCGGUCUCUGCACAUCCAGAAGGACGCGGCGGCCUACACUUACAUCAAAGUUGGAGGGCAUAUUAAGUCGUCCAUCAACGAUAAUGCCGAUUUCAAAGCCGUAGCUGAUGCCAUGAAAGUGAUCGGAUUCACAGGAGACGAGAUUCAGACUGUCUACAAGAUCCUGGCCACCAUCAUACAUCUGGGCAACCUGACGUUCGGGGUGGACGGGGACAUCACCCUGAUAGAGAACAAGAAAGUGGUGUCGAUCAUCAGGGAUCUGCUGUCCACCAAGGAGGAAAACGUGGAGAAGGCCAUGCUGUACCGCACGGUGGCCACGGGCCGCGAUGUCAUCGAGAAGCAGCACACAAUCCAGGAGGCCAGCUACGGGCGCGACGCCCUCGCCAAGGCCAUGUAUGAGCGCUUGUUCUGCUGGAUCGUGGGCCGCAUCAACGAUAUCAUCGAGGUGAAAAACUACGAUGCCCGAAUCCACGGGAAGAACACGGUCAUCGGGGUGUUGGAUAUCUACGGCUUUGAGAUUUUCCAGAAUAACAGCUUUGAACAGUUCUGCAUCAAUUACUGCAACGAGAAGCUGCAGCAGCUCUUCAUCCAGCUGGUGCUGAGGCAGGAGCAAGAGGAGUACCAGAGAGAAGGCAUCCCCUGGAAACAUAUCGAUUACUUCAAUAACCAGAUCAUUGUGGACUUGGUGGAGCAGCAGCACAAGGGCAUGUUCGCCGUUCUGGACGAGGCCUGCAUGAAUGUGGGCAAAGUCACUGAUGAGGUGUUUCUCCAGGGACUCAACGGCAAGCUGGCCAAGCAUGCCCACUACACCAGCCGCAAGCUCGCACCGACUGACAAGAGUUUGGAGUUUGACAGAGACUUUCGCAUCCGGCACUACGCAGGGGACGUGGUGUACUCGGUCGUGGGUUUUAUCGAUAAGAACAAAGACACUCUGUUCCAAGACUUCAAGAGGCUGUUGUACAACAGUACCAACAGUGUCCUGAAGGCCAUGUGGCCCGAGGGCAAACUGAGCAUCACUGAGGUGACCAAGCGGCCGCUGACGGCAGGAACGCUCUUCAAGAACUCCAUGAUCUUACUGGUGGAUAACCUGGCAUCCAAGGAGCCGUAUUACGUGCGCUGCAUCAAGCCCAACGAUGUCAAGUCCCCUCUGCUGUUCGAGCACGAGCGCUGCCUUCACCAGGUGGAGUACCUGGGCCUGCUGGAGAACGUCCGAGUGCGUCGAGCUGGCUUUGCCUACAGACAGACGUAUCGUCGCUUCCUGCAGAGGUACAAGAUGAUCUCCGAGUUCACGUGGCCGAACCACGACCUUCCGUCAGACAAAGAUGCAGUGAAGAAGCUCAUGCAGGGCUGUGGGUUCGAUCACGACGCGGCCUACGGCAAAACCAAAGUUUUCAUUCGCACGCCACGUACUCUCUUCAGUCUGGAGGAGCAGCGCGCUGAUAUGGUGCAGAGAAUUGUCCUCUUCCUUCAGAAGGUCUGGCGAGGAACCGUGGCCAGAAUGCGGUACCGGAGGAUGCGCGCCGCCCUGACCAUCCUGCAGGCCUACCGUCGCUACAAAGUCAAGUCCUACAUCCGCGAGGUCAACCGCCGCUUCAAAAAUGUCCGGUCCAUGAAGGACCAUGGCCGACAUGUGAAGUGGCCCACGCCGCCCAAAGUCCUGCGCAGGUUCGAAGAGGCUCUGAAGAGCAUCUACAACAGGUGGUGGGCAUGGACGCUGAUCAAAGUCCUCUCCCCAGAAGAAGUUCUGCAAGUGAGGGCCAAGGUUGCCGGCCUGGAGGCCCUGAAGGGCCAGAGGGCUGACUUGGGGCUGCAGAGAGCCUGGGAGGGAAACUACCUGAAGCGCGACAGCCCCGACACCGCUGCAUCAUUCACACUCGUAGCCAGCGAGCUGCAGCGGAAGGACAAGUUCAUGAGAGUCCUGUUUUCCUGCAACGUGCGAAAGAUCAACCGUUUCCACAAGGCAGAGAACCGGGCUGUGCUCAUCACUGACCGCCACCUGUACAAGAUGGACCCCCUGAGGCAGUACAAGCCCAUGAAGAGCAUCCCGCUCUACAACGUGACGGGGGUGAGCGUGUCUCCUGGGAAGGACCAGCUGGUUGUGUUCCACACCAAGGACGGCAGGGAUCUGGUGGUGUGCCUGCAGGGCAUGGUGCCCGCCAACGAGAGCCGCAUCGGCGAGCUGGUCGGCACGCUGCUUGGCCAUUUCAAGAGUGAGAAGAGGAAGCUGCAGGUGAACAUCGCGUCUCCCAUCCAGUGCAGCAUGAAUGGCAGGAAGUGCACGGUCAUCGUGGAGCCAAAGACCAACCAGUCGCAGCCAGACUUCACCAAGAGCCGGUCUGGGUACAUCCUGGCUGUUCCUGGGAAUUAAAAACUGACCAAAGCCAAAAGCAAAGCGGCUGAUUUCAAACCAGACUCAGAUGAUGAUGAUGAUGAUGAUGACGAGUAUGAUGAUUCCCAUCUUGUGUUGUUUUAGUUUUUUUUUUUCGCAGAGCUGUUGUUUGUCUGGGGGAAAGAAAAAAAAAAAGCUCUUCAGUUGGAUUUGGGUUAUUGAAUCAUCAGUUAUCAAAAUUAUGCCAAAAUUGACCUUUUUUUGUACAUUUCAAGGCAAAAAAGAAAGAAAAGAAGUGGACAUGGCUUCUAUAUGCAAAAUAUUAAUAGAUGAACAUAUUUAAAAAGAUAUGCACUAACUAGUUAUUCACCAAAGUUCUUUUUUUUAAUCUAAAGUAAAUUUGCUUUGUGCAAUAUUUUGUUUGUUUUGGACAGAUUUUGCGAGAUGAGUGCAGAUUAUGUGGCAACUGUUCUCCAAAUCACUGAUGUUGUAUAAUAGGAGAAAAUCCAAAGCUUUGCAGGGGUUUAUAAUCCGUGCAGGUCCAUGUGCAGGAAACCCUCGGAAAGUUCACGCUUGGCCGAGGUGGAGGAAGACCAUCUAUUGUUGGACUUUUAUUUGCUUUCCCAACGAUUGACAUGUCAGUGACAUGAGCUAACGGCCUGCCUGCCUCCAGGGUCAAAGGAAGGAGGUGCAGCAUUCACUUUUAGUUUAUUAAACGCUGCUUGCAGCUGUGUGAGGGAACGAGGCGACUGUGACUCGUUUCUCUCAGCGGAUGCUGAGGGGGGUGUGCUGAGCGCGUCCCGGACCAAACCACCCACCACAUGCAACGCCGCCAAAUCUGUUCAUUUCAAAACGCUCUCCAUAGAUUGUAGUUUUCUAAUUAUUCUGCUCCUACGUCAAGCGUCAGAAUAUACUGUGACCAGCAUUUUCUAUGUAUCGCAUCUACCAGUGUACUCGGAGUGGUGCCGGACUGGAUGGCAGGCAGCAAGUGCUAACAUGAUGACAAAGCACUCGUUUCCCCACCACCUUUGGUGGAGAUCCUCCUAACAUGUAUGGAUUCUGCUUAGCAACAGUGUUGCUGGUCAGUGCUGUAUCCUCCCUGUGAACCGCAGCCUCUGAGCCCGGCUCAUAUGCUGUCUCUCUGUUCACUGGACAGGAGGACGACUUGUCCUAGGUCUUAGUUCUGCAAAGCAGGCUUCCACUUCACAAACCCCUGUUAUCACAGAGACUGUGUGUGUGUGCGUAUGUGUGUGUGUGUGUGUUCCUAAAUCAGCUCCUUUAGCUCUCCUUUCUUGGCCCAGAGAUACUUGUGGAGACAGUGAGGAAGAGAAGACAAAUGGAGGUGUGAGCUCUGCACAUUUGAUGCUCUGGAGACUCUGACGUUUUUCAAGGUGUGAAAACGCAAGUAACACUAAUCCCAUCUCGGCCUCUGUAAGCAGAGCGCUCGAGUCGUAUCUGUGCUGUUCUCACACCGACAGCUGCGGUCGGUGUUUUCGGGUGUUUUUGUUCGUCCCUUACCACCCGACAAUAUGUCCUCUCCUAACGUUGAGAUCUAUGGCAGCUCAGAAGAUUGGAAUGAAAUAUUUUAUGUUUUCUUUAUUUAUAUCAGAAGCUGACUGGUUUCGUAGAGUGCAAAAAAAGAGUAUGCAGUAAGAAAAAAAAAAAAGAGGCAUCCGCACUCUGCUGAAAAAUUUAAUUUAGCAGCUCAGAUCCAGUUUCAGUUGCUGCUCCCCUCCCGGCCGUGGACCACAGAUUGGCCAGAUGAAGCACAGAUCAUCUG